AGAACUUGAAUGCUUUUGCAACCAUGGCAAGCUUGGCUGAUGUCGGUUGGAAACUGCUGGAAUUUAAAGCCCGAUCAAAACGAUCAGUUUUGUGAUUUAGCUGAGAAAGAGAGAGAGAGAGACGAUUGGCCUUAAUUUCACCUUUUGAAAAUGGCUGCGAUAAAGAGGCCUCAUCAGAAAGUCCAGAGACUGGGAUCCAUCUAUGAGCCCCUCAAGCUGUCCAUCCUCCACCGCGAGGAUGAGCCCCUGUGGGAGAAGCUGGACCGCUACUACAACGCCGUCAAGACCACCAUACUCAACUACCAAAGUCCCACCACUGGGCUCUUCCCCGUGAAGAUCUGCUCCACUUGUAACGAGGCCAAGGUGCGGGACUCCUUGUACUGUGCGGCGGCAGCUUGGGCGCUGUCCUUAGCCUACCGACGCAUCGAUGACGACAUGGGGCGCACCCACGAAUUGGAGCACUCGGCCAUCAAGUGCAUGAGAGGAAUCCUCUACUGCUACAUGAGGCAAGCUCAUAAGGUGGAGCAGUUCAAGCAGGACCCCAGCCCCUCCAAGUGUCUGCACUCCAUGUUUAACUUGCACACGGGCGACGAGAUCCACACCUACGACCAGUACCACCACCUGCAGAUUGACGCCGUUUCCCUGUUCCUGCUCUACCUGGUGGAGAUGAUCUGCUCCGGCCUGCAGAUAAUCUACAACACGGACGAAGUGUCCUUCAUCCAGAACCUGGUUUUCUGCGUGGAAAGAGCCUACAGGGUGCCCGACUACGGCAUGUGGGAACGAGGCAGCAAGUAUAACAACGGCAGCACCGAGCUGCAUUCAAGCUCCGUGGGCCUGGCCAAGGCUGCUCUGGAGGCCAUCAAUGGAUUUAACCUUUUUGGAAACCAGGGUUGCUCCUGGUCGGUGAUCUUCGUGGAUCUGGACGCCCACAACCGAAACAGGCAAACGUUGUGCUCCCUGCUUCCUCGAGAGUCACGCUCUCAUAACACAGAUGCAGCCUUACUUCCGACCAUCAGCUACCCUGCCUUCGCCGUGGACGACGACGCACUCUACAGCCAGACACUGGAUAAGAUCGUCCGCAAGCUGCGUGGCAAAUACGGCUUCAAGCGUUUCCUCCGCGACGGAUACCGUACCUCCAACGAAGACAAGGAGCGCCGAUACUACAAAUCUGCUGAAAUGAAGCUCUUUGAUGGGAUCGAGUGCGAGUUUCCCAUAUUCUUCAUCUUCAUGAUGAUUGACGGGGUGUUUCGAGGAAACCAGGCUCAGGUGAAAGAAUACCAGGACCUGCUUCAGCCAAUCAUCUUUGAGUCUUUUGAAGGUCAUGCUGUGGUGCCCAAGUACUACUACGUGCCGGCGGACUUUGUGGAAGCGGAGCAAAGCAAGCGCGGCAGCCAGAAGCGCUUCCCGAGCAACUCCGGGCGAGACAGCAAGCUCUUCCUUUGGGGACAAGCGCUCUACAACAUAGCCAAGCUGCUUGUUGAUGAACUGAUCAGCCCCAAGGACAUCGACCCCAUCCAUCGCCAUGUUCCUCGCCAAGACCAACGCAAUGUCAGCAUGCGCUACUCCAACCAGGGCCCCAUAGAGAAUGAUGUUGUGGUCCAUGUGUCACUGAUAGCUGAGAGCCAGAGACUGCAGGUGUUCCUGAACACAUACGGUAUUCAGACGCAGACACCACAGCAGGUGGAGCCCAUCCAAAUCUGGCCUCAGCAGGAACUGGUCAAGGCGUACCGCUUCCUGGCAGUCAACGACAAGCUGGGCCUGAGUGGCCGUCCGGAUCGACCCGUGGGCUGCAUCGGGACCUCCAAGAUUUAUCGCAUCCUGGGCAAGACGGUGGUGUGCUACCCCAUCGUCUUUGAUCUGAGCGACUUUUACCUUUCUCAGGAUGUCAUGCUGCUGAUUGAUGACAUUAAGAACGCACUCCAGUUCAUCAAGCAGUGUUGGAAGAUGCAAGGACGACCUCUUUUCUUGGUGCUCAUCCACGAGGACAACAUCAAGGGAAGUCGCUUCAACCCGGUUCUGGACAUGCUGGCAUCAUUCAAGAAGGGCCACGUCGGAGGGGUCAAAGUUCAUGUGGACAGACUUCAGACGCUGAUCUCAGGCGCCGUGGUGGAGCAACUGGACUUCCUGCGUGUCAACGAGGCCGAGAUCCCAGAGUUCAAGAGCUUCGAGGAGCUUGAACUUCCCAAACACUCCAAAGUCAAGCGACAGACGAGCACGCCCAACGCGUCCGACUUGGAGCAGCAGCCCGAGAUCAGCGUGGACGAGUGGCUGAACAAGCCCACCGACGAGAUCCUCCAGAAAUUCCAUGAUUGCGAUUGUUUGGCCAGCCAGGCUCAACUCGCCGGAAUCCUGCUGAGGAGGGAAGGAUCGCAGUUUCUCACCAAGGACGAGAACCUGAUGGAAGAGCUGGAGAGGAUCUACCGACAAGCCGGCACCCGGAAACUUUGGCAGGCGGUGCGCGAUGCCGCCGCCAUCACCAAGAAGUUGGCCAGCUCUAUCGCGCCUCACAUUACCUCCAUACUUGUGAAGGGCAAGCAGGUGACCCUCGGCGUGUUUGGCCAUGAGGAGGAAGUGAUUUCCAACCCGCUGUCUCCCAGCGUCAUCCAGGGUAUCAUCUACAGCAAGUGUUGUCCACCAGGGGGCGAGCGUGAGGCUGUCCUGCAGCAGGAGUUGGUCAUCCACAUCGGGUGGAUCAUCUCCAACAGCCCCGAGCUCUUCCGCGGCAUGCUCAAGAUCCGAGUGGGGUGGAUUGUCCAAGCAAUGAAACAGGAGCUGAAAAUCCGGGCGGGAGACAUGCGCCCCCAGGACAUCUACCAGCUUUCUCCAAGUGAUAUCAAGCAGCUCCUAUUGGAUGUGCUGCAACCUCAGCACACGGGCAGAUCUUGGCUCCACCGCCGGCAGAUCGACGGCUCUCUGAACAGAACCCCUCUAGGAUUUUACGACCGGGUUUGGCAGAUUCUGGAGAGGACUCCCAAUGGGAUUCUGGUGGGAGGGACCCACCUCCCCCAGCAACCGACGCUGUCUGACAUGACCAUGUAUGAGAUGAAUUUUUCUCUGCUGGUGGAGGACACGCUGAAGGGCAUCGACCUGCCUGAAUUCAGACAGAUCAUCGUGGAGCUGCUGAUGGUGGUGUCCAUUGUGCUGGAGAGAAACCCAGAAGUGGACUUUGCUGACAAAGUGGACCUGGACAGUCUGGUGAAGGAAGCCUUUGCCGACUUCCAACGGGAUCGCAGUCGCUCGGAAGACGUCAAGAAGCAGGACGACAUACAGGCCUUCUACAAUACGCCGCCUGUGGGCCGGAGGGGCACCUCCAGCUACCUGACAAAAGCUGUCAUGACCCUGCUGCUGCAGGGAGACAUGAAACCCUGCAAGGACGACCCGUGUUCUGUCAGCUAGAAGCUCAGACACUGGUUUUCCGUCAGCCGACUCGCUCCUUUGCUUAGAUCAGCAUGCACUGAGUGCAUAUUAAUAGGGGAGAAACACCUCGUGAUUGAUGGAAAGCUAAACGGUGGAGACUAAGUAGCAAACGUGAUAGUCAUAUAUUGGUUGUUCUGUUAAGCCUUAGCGUAAAAGUGAGGGAGACUGAGAAUCUUGCGAUUAAGGGCAGCUAGUAGCAAUUUUUUAGUCUUUAUACUUAACACUCGGCAGAUGUUUCAGAAACGACUUGCUCUUUAUUUAGAUAAAACAAGCUAAGAUAUGGAACUGGACAAAAUGAUCUCCACAAACUAAAAGAGCCAGCGACCUGUUUGUUUCAAACUAUAAGUGCUGAAUCAUGAAAUGAUUCCAGGGGGCGCUGUGUUAUUUUUGCCUUUUAUGGUUGGUCACCAGAUGUUGUUUUGCUGCACCCGCACGCAAUGAUAGCUGAAAUCUUUCACAAUUUAAUGUCGUCCGUCUGCCGAGUAUUUCAGACAUUGUUAUGGGUCUAAUCAUCCCUAACAAAUUUUAUUGGGGUAAAUAAAACUGGCUUUGGAUAUUGAUAUAUCAAUCAAUCGAUAUCCAAACAACCGCAUGCCCUUUGUGAGUUUACAUAGCAAUGCUAGCUAUUAGCCAGUGUGGAGCUAAGCUGAAGCAAGCUACAAGUCCUCAUUACGUCCUGCUCAUAAUGGUGCCUAUGAUUAUUGUCAGAAGCAUGUUUUGCUGCUAAUUUAGAAAUCAACUUUGAAUGUGAAUUACGUCAUUGUGUUUGCAUACAUGCUAAAUGUUUUGCAUGCACAGAUAUUUUUAUUUUGCUAGGUGGCAAUAAUACAAGGAUAAAUACUCAUUUGAAAGCGUUAUUGUGUAUUGUUUAAGAUUUCAUCAAGAAUGAUAUGGUUUUCCUUAAA